AUGUUACGUGUGCCUGGGAUCAAGUCCUUCAGCUCUUAUGUGCCUGGAAUCCAUCUCCAGGAGGGUGCGCCCUGGUUUUUCCAGGCAGAUGGGCUUGGUUGUCAUCGAGUACCAAAUCAAAGGUCAUCAAGACCCAAAGGAAGCUAUAAAAGUCGGCAGAAAUCCAACCUCGGAUUAGUUUGCCUCACAAGAAACAGAUCAAUUAUAGCAGUUUCUCUCUUCUGCGGUAAAACUAUCUUACCUUACAUGGCAUCUAGACAUGUACCUUUUCCGAAGUUGCGCACACAGCAACAAACCAGGACAUGCCUAUGUUCACCCACCACGCAUCCUGGAUCAUUCAGGUGCAGCAUGCACAAGAAUUUCCGUAGGGUGUCUGCAGGAUCAAGAACUGAUCGUGUUGGGUCGAAUACUAAAUGGGAAUUGAGUGUGGUUGCCAAAGCAAAUUCAUUCAAGACAAUCUUGCUACAGAUUAUCAAGCCAUCCAGUCAUGAUCUUCACAGGAGGAGGGAGUUCCAGCCAAGACCCACCAGGUUCUGCCUGAUGAACGCUAAUAGAGAUGGGCUUUUGCAAAAUCUUGGGCUCCUUGAUUUCUUGAAGGAGGAAUGGAAGUCCGCAAGAAUACCAGCGAAGGGUGCAACCAAAUGGUCCACAGAUAUAUUGGUCCCAAUAAAAGAUCUUCUACAUCAUGAACCGAAACUUAAACCAUUAGCGGCCGCCAGAAAGCAAUGGAAAAAGCCUAGUGGUUUGGGUUUGAUUUCCAAAAUCCACAGUGUGCUUGACAC